AUGACAUUUCCACCCACUUCUCCGUUGACUAUCGAUGGUUUACCAAAAUUUUUAUCAAUGGGAUAUCAUCGUUUACUCGAUAGAGCUACUUAUACAUUUGCCGAACUUGGCUUAGCUGAUCGACUAACAAAUGCUCUACCUAAUCAAGGUCUUACUGCUCAUGAACUCAUUAAUAAUGACGAAAUAGAAUGGAAUGCUGAUAUAUUACAUCGUGUAUUAUGUGCUUGUACUGAUGUAGGUCUUGUUGAACGAGUUAAGAACACUAUCGAUGAUAAACAUUUCGUUCUCACUUCAUCAGGUCUAAUGCUUACAUCAGAUCAUCCAUCACAUGCUCGUGAUUAUGUGAGAUAUUAUUUAGGACCAAUGUCUAGUAAUAUUGGAUAUCAGUUAAUUAAAUUAGUUCGUGGUCAAUGUAAAGGUACGGGUUUUGCCGAAGCUUCAGGUGGUCUCGAUUUGUAUACAUAUCUGAAACAACCAGAAAAUCAAGAUUAUCUACAUCUUUACAAUGGAGUUAUGACUUGUUUAUCCACAUACACAGGUGAUAAACUAGUAACAGGUGUAGAUUUUGGUCGCUUUGAAACUUUAGUCGAUUUAGGUGGCAGUCGUGGUACUUUUCUUGCUGAAAUUCUUCAGCAUUAUCAAAAUAUUCGACGUGGAUUUAUAUUUGAUUUACCACAGUGUAUUGCCGAAGUGAAGAGUGCUGAUGAGUUUGAAUCACGUCAGAUUACUUCAAGUCGGUAUACAUUUGUUGCUGGUGAUAUGACUGAUUCAUCAACAAUUCCUCAAGCUGAUGCUUAUAUACUUAAAUAUAUAUUACAUCUUUUCAAUGAUGAAAUAUGCGUGAAUGUAUUAUCAUCAAUUCGUAAAGCAAAUGAACAGCGUACUGACACAUUACUAACUAUAUUUAUUGUCGAACAUAUCAUUUUCUCUGAUGGAACGAUAAGCAAUUGGCAAGCACACGGUUUUGAUAUAGGUAUGACUGCCUAUGGUGGUGCACGAGAACGAACAGAACAAGAAUAUCGAGUAUUACUUGAAAAAGCUGGAUUUCGAUUAAAAAAACUCUAUCCAAUUCAAGCACCAGAUUCAAUAAUUGAAGCUGUUUUUGUUAAAUGA